CUAAGACAAUUAUUAGAAGAAAAAGAAUUGGAUAUUCUGAAUGGAAAUAAAUAAGGUGUUGAAGAAGGAAAGUGGACAUACGUGGGACCAUGUGAAGCAACAGUGGAAUGGAAUGAUAGUCACAUUUCUUGAGUUCUGGGGUUUUCAUCAGCCACACCAUAAAGCAUUACCACGUCGACACGCUCUGAAUUGGAAAGAUUCACGAUUGUCAAAGACGCUAGCAGUGUAUACAUUUCGAAAUCACCCUGUAGAUAUAUAAGCGAUACUCCCCAGCUAAAAGAUGAGACAAGUUAUGGAACCUUUGACGAAUGCUAUUAAAAACAACGACAUCGACAAUUUUAAAGACAUUUUUUUAAAGUUGCCCAAAAAGUUUGUGGUUAGAGAUUCCAACGAUAUUUUUAUCUUGUACGAAGAAUCUAUGAACAAAAAUCGGAAAGAAAUAUUUGAUUUUUUGCUCGCAUUUCAUGGUAAAGACGAUGUCGGAACGAUUACGGCUUUAAAUUACGUUUUGAAUGAUCAGAACUCUGUGCCUGAUUAUUAUGUUAACGAACUGUUAAAAAAAUAUUCGUCUGUUAGGAAUGACGAAAAGAUUUUGGUCAUAUCAAGUAGAGAAAAGUGUGUUGAAGCUACGAAGUUUUUCCUGGAGAUAGGGCAUGACGUUAAUGCACAAACAAUGAGUGGUUGUACCUCGCUCCAAAGGGUCUUAGUGUUAGAACCGGAUAUUAACACCGAAGAGUUAAUUAUUACUUUGUUGUUUUAUGGUGCUGAUGCUUCUGCUGAAACUGAAAGAGGAUAUAACUGUUUUGAACUAGCGGUGCAGCACAACCAGCCAUAUUUUGUCCAAGAAAUGUUAUUUGACGCUAUAUUUGACAAUCACGGACACUAUAAACUACAUGCUAGUAUAUUGUUACAACUGGCCAAAUUAGAAUCGCCACUUUUUCAUCAACUACUAAAAUACAAUAUUGAAUUUGCACUGGAUGCAGACUUUCAAACAGUCAGAUAUCUGCUUCUACUAGACAUUGAAUAUUUCAAAAUAAUUUUACAAAACUAUGAAAAACUAUGUUGUGAAAUUUUUGAGUAUCACGUUUUGUAUUAUUCCGCGGUUCAACGUAUCCAUUAUUGUUCGUUUUUAACAAAAAAUGUACCCGAUAUUGCAACAGUUUUCUGCAUGGACCAGAUUUUAACAAAGUUUGACUUUCUCCUUCAAGGUACAGAUACACUGAAAAAAAGUGUUGUCGAUUUUAUUAACACUUUAAACAGUUUGUUGAUUUUUCGUUAUUGCCAUGGAAGUAAAAGUGAAGCAGAAAUUACAGAAAUCGUCGCCUACCUACUCACAUAUGGUCUAAGUGUAAGAAAAAUUCUUUUUGAAGUUGUCUAUGGAUCAUACGGUUAUUGUGAAUUAUUUAAGCUUGUCUUGUACAUGGAUGUGGAACCUGGUGGUCAAAAUUUUCAAAAUGCGUUAGUUACAUCUGUGAUAUUAAUUUUACUUUAGACACAUUUUCUCCCGAGAAGUAUACAGUGCACUCUUUGUUGGAACUAACUAAUUAUUUUGUACACCCCAAAGUGCGUGAAGUUCUUUGGAAAAAGGUAGCGAAAAACAACUUAGCCACAAUGGAAAAUUAUCCUCAGUUGCCAAGUUUAGUGGAAAUUGCUCGAAAUUCGUUUAGAAAGUAUUUCAUUACUAAAUUUAAUGUUAAAAGUGCGAAACAAUUUUAUACUCUUGUUAGCAAACUCCCAAUUAGUGUUGUUUACAAAAAAAUUGUUAGUCUCGAAACAAAGUUAUAUAAUUAUUAAAUACAAAAUA